AUGUGUUCUGCAGAGGGAGCAGAGAAGUACCCUGAGGUGGUGUUUCUGGGCACUGGCUCCGCCCUCCCCAUGAAGAUCCGGAAUGUCAGCGGCACUCUGGUGAACAUCAGCCCCACCCAGUCUGUGCUGCUGGACUGUGGAGAAGGCACGUUUGGGCAGCUGUGUCGUCACUAUGGCAACCAGGUGGACGAGGUUCUGACCGGGCUGUGCGCGAUCUUCAUCUCUCACCUGCACGCCGACCACCACACGGGACUGCUGGCUCUGCUGAUUCAGAGGGAGAGAGCUCUGAUCAGCGAGGGGAAACCCUGCACCCCCGUUUGCUUGGUGGCCCCAGUUCUGAUCCUGACCUGGCUGCAGCUGUAUCACGAACGCUGCGAGGAGAUCCUGCACCAUGUCGACCUCAUUCCUUCUUGGUCGCUGACCGAGGGGGCGGACGUUCACAAAGACGAAUUGAAGGCUGCCAUCCAAUCACUGCUCAAGAAAUCUGACUUGGAAAAGUUGGAGACGUGCGCGGUGAGGCACUGUAAGAACGCCUUCGCCUGCAGCCUGACCCACCGCUCCGGGUGGAAGCUGGUGUUCUCCGGGGACACCAUGCCCUGCGAUGCCCUGGUGGACAUGGGAAAAAAUGCCACAUUGCUUAUUCAUGAGGCGACGCUAGAGGAUGGCAUGGCGGAAGAGGCAGUGGAGAAGAAACACAGCACCACGUCCCAGGCCAUUGGCAUCGGGAUGAAGAUGAAGGCUGACUUCAUCAUGCUGAACCACUUCAGCCAGCGCUACGCAAAGAUCCCGCUCCUCAGCCCCGACUUCAACGACAAGGUCGGCAUCGCCUUCGACCACAUGAGGGUGCGUCUGUCCAACCUGCGCGUCCUGCCCAGCCUGAGCGCGCCGCUCAAGGCGCUGUUCGCGGAGGAGAUCGAGGAGAUGAAGGAGCGCCAGGGCAAGCGGGAGCUGAAGCAGCUGAAGCAGCUGAUAAGGGUGGCCGGGCUGGGCCUGCCUCUGAACGGGGCGGGGCAGGGAGCGGGGCAGGGAGCGGGGCAGGGAGCGGGGCAGGGAGCGGCCGGCGAUGGAGCACGUGACGCGCCGCACAAACGUGAGCCCGAGGAGGACCCGGAGCCGCUGAACAGCAAGAGACUGAAAGCCAGCUGAACCUCGUUCCCCCGAACCGCUCCGCAAACAUUCACAGCUCCGUUCUGUCACGAUCUGCUCACGGAUAGGAGUUGCCCUUGUUAUCUGAUGAAUUGAUUACUUAACUGAAGACAGUGCGUGGGAUUAUUGUGUACAUUAUACACCACCAGUACAGGAUGACUUAUUUUGUGAUUGAGUUCCCACUGUAGCCUGAGACUACUAAUUUAGGUUUUCAGUAUUGACGCCUGGAGGUUGUAUUUUGAUUGUUUAAAAUGGCCGCUGAUAAAUUCUGAUGUGCUGGUUUGCUUUUAGUUAGCUUGUUAAUUGAAUAAAUAAAGCUUGAUUUUCUUCCUUCAUGAAAAUGUGUUCACAAAAACUUAUAUAAAUAAAUACUCUGACGUAAA